CCCCCAAACGGGCUGGCUCCCGGGGAGGACUGUCCCCUAAACUGCCCGCCAAACCCGCGCAGCUACAGCAGAGCGCGCGUCUGAGGCCUUUUCUAUACCGGUUAGACUACCCAGGAUGUCAACUUCUGUCCCUAAAGGCCACAACUGGGCCCGACAGGUGAAGAAGGAGGAGGAGGAGGAAGACCCUCUAGACCAGCUGAUUUCUCGCUCUGGCUGUGCUGCUUCUCACUUUGCAGUGCAAGAGUGCAUGGCUCAACACCAGGACUGGAGGCAGUGUCAGCCUCAGGUGCAGGCCUUCAGGGAUUGCAUGAGCAAGCAGCAGGCAAAGCGGCGGGAAGAACUGCAGAAGAGAAAAGAGCAAACCAGUGCCCAGUGCUGAGACUCCCAGCCACCUGCCCUAAGCAUGGCCCUGCAUAAACUAGCACCCACAGAGACCUGGAGAGGAAGGAAUCCUAAGUGGUGGAAGUGUGGACCUGAAGAUGUAAAACCUGGGAAUAAAUUGAAAGUACCUACACAUCAAUAAGAAAAGGCACAGAGAAGAGUAAAACAUACACUCCAAAAACUCUUAAUCUUUGGGACUAAAGUUGAAGGCCAGGUACCAUGGAUUUGAACAUGAUUACCAAGAGCUGUUUUAUUUUAAUGAUCACAUUUCUUACAUCCUUACCCUUCUUGUUCCACCAAUAUUUGUAUGUAAAACAAAAUGGGAUAAGAGGUACUCCCAUCCUACCUCUUAGGUCAGUGUGCCAAAUACUGACCUGAUUACAGGGAAAUUGUCAUUUUCGAAGUAAAUUCACAA